GGUCCAGAGGUGGCGGCGGCGGGAGCGGUGGGCACGGGCUCGGAGGCUGGAGCGGCGAGCACGGGCCUCGACCCGAAGAACCCCCACCCCCACACACACCCCCGCCGCGGAGGAGGCGAUCACCCCCGGCAGGGGCGGGGCGGCGGCGGGAGCAUGAGGUGCACAUGAGGCGACCGGCAGCGGCCGGACGGGCCGGGGGCCCGGAGGAGGAGGAGGAGGAGGAGGAGGAGGAAGAGGAGGAAGAGGAGUCAGGGGCUCCGGGCCCGGCAGCUAGGUGGCACAUUGGAUAGAGCGCUGGACCUGUAGUCAGGAAGACCUGAAUUCAAAUCCAGCCUCAGAAACUUAACUAUAUGACCCUGGCCGUGUAGAACAACUGGAGACCAUUUAAGUGUGCAAUCGUGUGGAUCAGUCUAUAAGCACAAGAGGAGAAAUUAGAGAAAGGAAGAUCGUUGUGAUUUAGAAGAGUUGAGGAAGGCUACUACAGAGGUGGAAUUGAAGUAUGGAGGAUUGAUAAUGAACCAUGCUACCCACCUCCUGCCCGAGACGUGAUGGACUCAAGAUGCAGAAGGAGAUACAUGUUUUUGGACAUGGCCAAUGCGUGGGAUUCUGGAAGAACUGCAAGAUAAACAUCCAUUCUUUAAGCAUAUUCUGCAUAACCGAAGUUCUGGCUAACAGGAGAAGCCAGUCCAGUCACCAUGAGUUGGAGCUUCCUGACUCGACUGCUAGAGGAGAUCCACAACCAUUCCACAUUUGUGGGGAAGAUUUGGCUCACCAUAUUGAUAGUUUUCCGGAUAGUCCUCACUGCUGUGGGUGGGGAGUCUAUCUACUAUGACGAGCAGAGCAAAUUUGUAUGCAACACAGAACAGCCCGGCUGCGAGAAUGUCUGCUAUGACGCUUUUGCCCCACUGUCCCAUGUCCGCUUCUGGGUAUUCCAGAUCAUCCUUGUGGCCACCCCCUCGGUGAUGUAUCUUGGCUAUGCCAUCCACAAGAUUGCCAAGAUGGAACAUGGUGAGGCAGACAAGAAGGCAUCAAGAAGCAAGCCCUACGCAAUGCGCUGGAAGCAGCACCGGGCCCUGGAAGAAACCGAGGAGGACCACGAGGAGGACCCCAUGAUGUAUCCGGAGAUGGAGUUGGAGAGUGAGAAAGAGAACAAGGAGCAGAGUCAGCCUAAACCCAAGCACGAUGGUCGGCGGCGGAUUCGGGAAGAUGGCCUUAUGAAAAUCUACGUGCUACAGUUGCUAGCAAGGACUUUGUUUGAGGUGGGCUUCCUGGUGGGGCAGUAUCUUCUCUAUGGCUUCCAGGUCCGCCCAUCUUAUGUGUGCCGCAGAAUCCCCUGCCCUCAUGAAAUAGACUGCUUCAUUUCUAGGCCCACCGAAAAGACCAUCUUCCUGCUAAUAAUGUACGGUGUGACGGGCCUCUGUCUGAUCCUCAACAUUUGGGAGAUGCUCCAUUUGGGGUUUGGGACUAUCCGUGACUCACUAAAUAGCAAAAAGAGAGAACUGGAAGAUUCGGGUGCUUAUAACUAUCCUUUCACUUGGAAUACUCCAUCCGCUCCACCUGGCUAUAACAUUGUGGUCAAACCAGAUCAGAUCCAGUACACCGAACUGUCCAAUGCAAAGAUCGCCUACAAGCAGAACAAGGCCAACAUUGCUCAGGAGCAGCAAUACGGGAGCAAUGAGGAGAACCUUCCCGCAGACCUCGAGAUGCUGCAGCGGGAAAUCAAAGUGGCCCAGGAACGCCUGGAUCUGGCCAUCCAGGCCUACAACCACCAGAACAACCGCCACGGCCCCCGGGAAAAAAAGUCCAAAGCUGGGUCCAAAGCUGGGUCCAACAAAAGCAGUGCCAGUAGCAAAUCUGGGGAUGGGAAGAAUUCUGUCUGGAUUUAAUCUUGGCCGGGCUUAUAACUCGGGCUUCUCCUCGUUUAUGGUAAGCAGUGAGCGGCUCACUGAGUAAUGACUUCCAUUGAGUAAACAUUUGGCUCUGGUUAUCUUCAGGGAUGUUUAGCGUUGGCCGGUGAUCCGAGCUCAGGGGGACUUGGGGCCGGGAGGGGGGGACUGGGGAGUGGGAGAGAAGGGAAAACAAAGCGUUCCCGGGCACGUGUUCUCAGCAAUAACACGGUUGCAGAACUUUACCCUUGUGUCUUCCAGAUCUGGAAAAGAACAGAUAUAUUUAAAUCAUUCUUGUUGAAGAGUUUUCUAUGUACAGUAUUAUGGUACGUUUUUAGUAUGCUAAUUUUCUUUUGUAUUUGUACAUUUGACCUCUGCAGUUAUACUUUUAUAUUAAAGGAAAAAAAGCUGUAAUAGAUAACGCCUAGCAUUUGGCUAGUGUUAUUACUUUGGUGAGCAGACUUUUGCCAUGUGUUUAAAGUUAUAAUAGACGCGAUUCUUAAUAAAAGUGCCUCGUGCUGUAGGGAGAACUUCAGUUCUAGUGGGAGGCCAAGAAGGAGCCCUGAGUUUGCAGAUUUGAAAAGAAAACCCUGCAGUAGCAUGGGCCAAGUUCCCUCACUCUUCCCCUACAGAACAAACCCAGAUUGGUCUUAUCCAGAUGCUCAAAACUGUUUCUAAUACAAGCAUGCCCCAUUUGAAACAAACAUACUAGGUGAAAAGCCUGAUUUACAAAAAAAUGAAGUAAAGAAGUUGAGGUGGGAAGUGCUAAAUUCUAUGAAAAGAUUUGCUACAGAAUUAUUAGCAAGCUUGGCUAAUGCAGAUAGCAUGUAAUCUAAUUUCUUUUUUAAAUCACCCAGUUUGUUUUUUACAUCUAUCGCACCAAGGGAGGCAUGCCUACAUCUGGACAGCAUGACUCCCCUGGGACUGGCCGCUUACUCUGUCAGAAAGCAAAGCCACACCUGGAAAAUAGGCUGUGAAAAAAGAGAUGAAAUUAUUCCUUGCCUUAUGUCUCCCUCCUAGUACCUGGCCAGCCUCUCACAAGCCUGUGAUGAACAGUUCCCUUUUUACAUAGCAGGAAGUGUACAAACAUCCCUGCUUCUGUGAAUAAUACUUGGAGCUACUCAGGCUGCAAAGAAACUAGAGAGCCUGUAGUUCAAGAUGCUGGGAUUCUAACUGGCCCAGUAGGGAGAGUGGUAUGCCAGAAUGGCUUUAUUUCUGCCCAGGAAAGCAAUCCUGGCUGGUUUUCUGCAUAUUUUGGCAUACAAAUGGCAUUGCAGUAAAUGCAAACGGGAAGACUUUUCUGUGUUUACAACCUGUGGCAAUCUGUUUUUGGCAAGAGGAGGCAGUUGUGUUUGCAAGGUACCGAUAAUUUAUUUGCCUUUUUUUUUUUGGUUGGGGGUGGAGGGGGAGGUGAUCUUAGCACUGGGUCAUGUCAAAACAUUUGGCCUUGUGGUAUUUUCACAUUGUUUGUCUGAGGGGAUGUAAUUUUUUUUCUUGUUUGUUUGUUUGUUUUUUAAAAUUGCCUAGCCAUAAGAGGAAAAUGAAGGUACCUUUUCUCUAGUGGAUCAUUUCACAGAGAUGACUAUUUGGACCUCACCUUAGAGGCCUAGCUAGAGGCCACAAAUUCUCCAAAGCUUGAUUUCCUUAUAUCUAGUUUCCAAGACCUGCCAGUUGCAUUUAUUCACUGAAAUCCUAGAAACAAACCCCUCCCUAUCUUUUGGGGUUUUGUUUCUUUCCGUUGCAGUCCAAAACAUAUCAUAACAUGUGAAGUUCCUUCUGACCAUUCAUGUUUAGUGCAUUUUUUCCUGCUUAGUGAAAAAGAGUGUUGUCUGGGUCCCCUGGUAUCUUAAACCAAAAAUAAAUGCAAGCAAUACAAAAGGAGAAUAUUCAGGAAAUGUAAUCCAUAGCUACAUCAUGGAUAAAUAACAAACACACGGUUUCCUUAGACACAGAAACUUAAGAAGGAAAUUUAUCAUCAUUUAUUUUAAGAAAAUUUGCAAGAUGUGAGCCUCGUAAGCCUAGCCAGGGAAGGAUUGCCUCUAAUUAAUUCAUCUGUCACAAACCUUGAGGCAUGGUAGGGCUCCAAGUAGUUCUUAAAGGAGGAGGAAUUUUGGGAAAAGCCUAGAGAAGGGCUUAGCCAGAGGUAAAUAAUGGUCCAGAGAAAAAAGGGCUGCCCCUUGUCAGGAACGCGGCAAAGACAUUUGAAGCUGGCAGCACCAUCCUGCCCCUGGUUCUUCUCUGUUUUUGUGAGAACUGUUCUCUCUUUUGAAUCUCCUCACUAAUGACUUUGUGGAUGACUCUUGAACUUCUUAGAUGGGAACAGCAAUCAGUUUUUUUUAUUUGUUUUUUUUUUAUUUAAACAGAACUACUUCUCAUCAUGUCCUCCCUCCACCUCUACACUCCUAGGUAUAGUUCUAUAUGAUCUAUAUCUAUAGGAUAUGAAUUUCCUGAUGACUGGUUCCUAUCUUCACAGUAAACUUUCUUUUCAGCCUUUGUGUGAAGUGUCCAAAUCAUUCCUACCUGUAUGUUCUGGGCAAAGUCCCCACUAACUCAGAUUUACAAGAUCACAGGACUUGUGUCCAGCUUAACCUUCUAGACAUUGGACCAGCAACAGUUAUUAUACACACAAAAAAUAGAAUUAAGACACUUCUUGCUUAGUUUAUUUAUUUAUUUUAACAUGGAGCCUGGUUGCAGUUUUUCUUAGCCUGUUAAGGAUUCCAGACUUGCCUCUAUUGCUCAGACAAGCCAUUUCAAUUAGUUUUUAGUAUUGCCAGAGAAGUACGAAAUCUGGCCUUUUGCAAAAUCUGCUCAACCCCUCCGAAGAGAGCUUCCUUAACGGAAGGACUGGUGGAAUGGAAGAUUUGAGUCUUUGAAGCCUGGUUACAUUUAUUAUUCUAGGGCACUGUCUGCCCUGUUUGGAUGACAUCGUACAUGUAACAUUUAGAAGGGAUUCAUCAGAGAAACAUUUAAGAAGCCAUUUUUUGGAUGAGUUUUGAAAGAAAAAGGCAAACACAAGAAAAAUCAGACACUUCCCAUGAAUUGAAUGCUUUUUAUUUUGUUUUUGCCUUAAUAAGGUUUAAGAGUCUCACCUGGUUCUGCAGUUUUUGUUCUUGUCUACAGCCACAAAAUCUUGGAAGCCAUUUUGAUGAAAAACUCUUACCUUGUCGAAGAUGUUUCUUAGUUGGAGCAAGAGAUCAGUAACUCCAUUUCCCCAAAGUUUUGGAUGUGUUGAGUAAACUAUUUUUGCAUUCUCUGUCUCACUUAUCUGCUUCCACCUGCUCCGGGCACUGGCCCUAAAUCUGUCAGAAGGAGGAGGUAAGAGUGUGUGUGAUGUUAGCCACGACCCCAGCCUGGGAUCUGUGGCUCCCAUUGCAGCCUGACAUGCCUUGCCUUUCUCGUUUCUUCAUGUGGCCACCUCGGGCACAAGUUUUGACUUGUUCUGUAAAACGGGGACAGAGCAGCUGUCUCUCGUCCACCUCACAGGGACGUCGUGAGGGUUGGUCUCAGCAGAGCUCCUGGAGAAAGAACUUGAGGUGACACCAGGACCGAGUAUUGUUACUGCCAUUAUUUUGUCAUCCGUCCCAGUCUGGCUUUGAACUGUAAGACACACAUGAGCAGUUGAAAGCAUUGGUUAAUGAUAAGCACAGCUUAUAGGACUGGACAGCUUUUGAAAAGGCCUGGGAAACCUCAUGAAGCCGAGCGCUGCUUUCUGAGAAGCAUGCUCCACCUGAGAGCCCCCCCUUUCUGCUCUCCGCCUUCCUUUGGGAUGCCUCCCCUUUGGAAAGACAGCAAUUUAUAAGCAAGUUGGGGGAGGGGGGUGGGGAUGUUGGCAGCUUAUUUUUAAUAAAAGCCAAGUGUUUGAGGCUUCCCCUUGGAAAGGACUGUUGAUAAGAUGUUCGUUCACCUAAUGAUUUUCCCGGUGAGAGGAAAUUACCUGAACGUCAUGAUUCAGGACCCCUGGCAGCCAUGAGUGAUGAGUAUGAGGCAUUCAACACAGGAGGGACCUUUCCUUCUCCUGUUUGGUGUCCCAUGUACAGUUUGUGGCUACAUUUAAACUCAGUUAAAAUGACCCAUGACCUUUAGCUUUCAGGAAGCAGACUUUCUAUUUUGAUGGAAUUCUGAUUCCUGUGGGAUAUGAUUUGAACUCGGCAGUCUUUUAUUUUACCCUUUUCUAAUCAUGUAAUCCCAUGAGAAAAUUCUUCCCCUUCCAAAAGAAAUAGAGCCCUGAUAGAAGGAUAUAAUGGAAACUGUACAGUGCUGAAAGUUCGGCAAUCCCAGUUCAUUCAUGCCAGAAAUCUCUAUUAAUUUACUGGUCCUAUCAAAUUUUGCAAUCAUCAAACCAAGUGUGCUUGUCAUUCAUUCCGUCCGUACAUCAUGGAGACCUUAAAAUGUAAUUUGCUGCUGCCCAGACAUAGCUCUUUCUCCUCUGUUAUGUUAAAUGGGUUUCAUUCAUGCACAUUCCAUGUUAAUGGGUAAUAAUCACUCUUCAAAGGAGCAAAACUAUAUAUAUAGUGUUACGGAAUUCAAGCAACCAAAGAAAAUUAUUUUCAACUCCAGACCAAAUCCCCACCGAAAUCCAAAUAGGGGUUGUUUUCCCAGAAAGAGGUUGCUUUGUUUUGGUUGAGAAAGGACCGUGGGCCGCCUAGGCUUGUGUGCUUCCUAGAAGAUUGGAAAUCUUUUUUCCCUCUUGUGCUCAAUCGUGUUUUCUGUAACCAGCCUUUCAUGGAAGUCUCUACCUCAGGCACUAAUUAUUUAUAGUUAUGUUUAGCAAAUGAAUAUUGAACCAAAUUAGCUGGGAUUUCCAACUUCCUAGGGCAAUUCAAACAGAAAACCCAAUUAAGUUAACCAGUGACCUAAUGUUAUUUAGUGUACGAAAAUUGGAAAGUGCAUGAAUAGCCGGGGAACUAUCCAUUCCAGUACCAAAGAUCACACAUUUCUGAUUUUAUUGUCUCUGUGGUUAAUGUAAAGCUUUAUGGCGGAGGCAGACCCUGUGUCCAGGGCUUGUCUCCAGUAAGGUUUCGUUUUUGAAAGAAUGUUUUGUCAGUUCCAAAUACAGUUUAGAAGAUUCA